GCUACAGUCAGUGAUAGAUACAGCUCUGUAGUAGCAAAACCCUACGGUUUGUUUUAGCAAAGAAAUUGUGUCCUAUCCUGCAAUACAAGAAUGAAGUGUUAAUGAAGUACAUCGAGAUAUCCUGGAUCACAUUCGCUGUUAUGAAUCUGUGAGUGCUAUAUGCAUGCCUGUUUUAGAUUUGGGGUCUUGAAAUAGCAGCCGACAGUCAAACAGAACACUGUCUUAUAGCUACUACCAAAAUAUUCCAUUUGCCCAUAUCACUUUCAUUAUUUUUUCUACUCAUUAGCACAGCAGAGAUAUAAUUACUUUGUUCCGCAAUACAUUUAUUCACCAUUUAUGUCUAGAUAUCUAUAUUUACAAUAUUAUAUAUAUAUUAUAUGUUUUCCCUAAUAGUUCUUAUACAGUUUUGAAUUAUUUGAGAGUCCUUGGUUUAUUUUAGAAUUUAACAUCUAGGGCUAAUCUUGAUUUAACGCAGAAUUCUAAAAUAUUAAACAUAUUAUAUUUAAAAGUUUAGAGAUUCCUAGAUAUUUUUACAAAUAUUUUUAGUCUCUAUCCAGUUCCAUACUUAAACUGCGUAAUGUUUUUUUUUUUUUUUUUAGAAACAUGUUGCCCUUCUUUGUAUCGUGUAAAUUCUGAAUUAUGUUGACUAAAAUAAACUCAGUCAACCAUAUACAAUUCAAUAAAUUAAGUCAACUCUAAUAGUGGCCAAAAAAAAAAAGCCACCAACUAAAAGCUUUAGAUUACAAUGGAUCCACUGAAUGACACCAUUCUUGAAAUCGAACAGAGGUAUUACCACGUGGACAGAUCGGUCCUAGCUGCACAAAGUAGAUAUUUUGAUGUGCUGUUUUAUGGUGGAUUCAAGGAAAGCAGUCAGCAUAAAAUACAGCUUAAAGGAAUAGACGAAGCAUGUUUUCAGAUGCUCCUUGAUUUUGUCAACAAAGGCACCAUUGAAAUAAAUAAGUGGAAUGUCACUGAUAUCUUAGAAACGGCAGACUUUUUAGAUUUACAGAAAGCUAAGGGGCUCUGUGUCGGAUUUCUAGCCCAUGAACUACGUGUGUCAAACUGCUUGGACAUGAUAUCUUAUUCUCGGCAAUACGCUUGCCCGGAGCUCUUGAAAUCUGCUUUCAAUGUGGCCCUCACACACUUGCCAGAUCUUAUGAAUGAUUACGAAGAUGAAUUUAACCAACUUGAUAAGGAAACCUUUGUGCAACUGCUGAAUUCAGAUGACCUUUUUGUUUCCAAUGAAGACCUAGUAUUUGAGGCUGUCAUGAAGUGGGUCAUGGCAGACCCAAUCCGAGAGAAGGACUUUGAAGAUAUGGUAUCACUGGUGAGACCUGCAUUCCUUAGCCUCUCUUUUCUCGAUACACUAGUCCGAAGAAGUAAGAGUACAGAAGGCCGGAAUGCCUAUGUUAGACUAUUGCAGACUUUAAACACCAAUCUCCCCAAGGCAUGGAGCACCAUGGAUGAGACUAUGUCCACAAGUAGGACUUACGAGACCUUAUUUGUUCUAGGAGGAAAGCAUGAAAAGGAGCAACAGGAUCUCUACGUUUUUCUUCCAAAAAGCUCCUCGUGGAAAGCCUGCUCACCUCUGCUGCGUAAAAAUCUCACUCAUUAUGCAGUGGCAACAGUAGGUAACUCUUAUUUUAAAAUAUAAAUGUGGUAAUCAUGGCACACAUAAGUAGAAAAUCCAUAAGGACACCAAACCAUCUGCAGUGGUGGUGAUGGUAGAGAUGGGGGAUAUCUAGAAACUAAUAUAUAAUUCCAACAAAAAUUGCUGAUUUGGGUGCUCUUCGAAAUACAUUACUGGAAUGUUUUUAACCAAAAUGUUGAUACAUAUAGAUGUAUCUCACUUGAAAUAAAAAUUUAUUUGGAGAUGGAGAUUGCAAUAUAUAUUUUGCCCUUGGGGUGAGACAAGGCCAUCUGUGAUAUGUAUUAUUAUUAUUAUGAUAUUUAUAGAGCGCCGUCAAAUUCCGCAGCGCUUUACAAUGGGUGGACGAACAGAUAUGUAGUUGUAACCAGACAAGUUGGACACACAGGAACAGAGGGGUUGAGGGCCCUGCUCAAUGAGCUUACAUGCUAGAGGGAGUGGGGUAAAAUGACACAAAAAGGUAAGGAUAGUAUUAGACUAGUGACAGUUGCAGAAGAGGAAUCAGUCAGGAGCUAUUAACAGUUUAAUGGAUACGCUUUUAUGAAGAAGUGGGUUUUUAACGAUUUUUUGAAGGAGUGGAGACUGGGUGAGCAUCUAACGGAGGAGGGAAGCGAGUUCCACAGGAACGGUGCAGCCCUCGAGAAAUCUUGAAGGCGAGCAUCAGAGGUGGGAGUACGGACAGAAGAUAGACGUAAGUCUUCAGCAGAUCGUAAGGGCCUAGACGGGACAUACUUGUGUAUAAGGGAGGAUAGAUAGGUGGGAGCAGCAUUAUGUAGAGAUUUGAAAGCAAGAACCAGAAUUUUAAAUUGAGCUCUAUAUUUUAUAGGAAGCCAAUGUAGGGAUUGACAGAAGGGUGAGGCAUGGGAGGUGCGUGCGGAUAGGAAGAUGAGCCUUCCCGCUGCAUUCAUUAUGGACUGUAACGGCGCCAGUUGGGAGCACGUAAGCCCACUGAGAAGCGGAUUACUGUAGUCAAGGCGAGAAAGGACAGUGGAAUGGACCAACACCUUAGUCGCAUCAGGCGUUAAGUAGGGGCGGAUGCGCGCAAUGUUUUUUAGAUGGAAAUGACAGGAUUUGGCGAUAUAUUGAACAUGAGGCUUGAAGGAGAGGUCGGAGUCAAAGAGAACACCUAGGCAGCGAGAUUUGCAUGUCAUCUGCAUAGAAAUUAUAUUGGAAGCCAAAGGAGCUAAUGAGUUUACCAAGGGAGGCAGUAUAGAUGGAGAACAGUAGGGGACCAAGGACUGAUGGUUGGUUGCCCAUGUCCAACACCUUUUGGCCCCUUCAGGCUAAUUUAUACACCCUUAUCUGAUAAAAAUGUUUCCAUGGCAACAUGUUCAUAAAAUAUUCAUUUAUUACCUUAAAUAAUUUUCCUUCAGCCAUUUGCUUUGUUUCUGUCUAAAUGAUAAAGGAAUGUUAUGGGGUUAUUCGCUAAAGUGAGAAUUUAAAGUGAAUUUCAAAUUCAUAGUAAAAAAAAAAUCUAAACUGGAAAAAUUCAGGAAUACUUCUAGAAAAAACUACUUUGGCUUUAGGUUUUAUGUUCACUUUGGAUUUUCACUUUAUUGAAUAAACCUGUAUAAUUGGGACACUCUAAGUAUUAUAAUCACUAUGAUACUCUGAAGUGGUUAUGGUGCCGGGGUCCCCCGAGGCCAUUCCAGCGUUACUUUGACACUUACUUGGGUAGCCUGAGUGUCAAGAUCCAGUGUUGCAAAAUCUGUGAAGAGGGGCUGAGCCACAGGCACCCAAAGGACUCAGGCAUGUGUUAAACUGUUUGGUUUGACUCUUACCAAUGGUAAAGCCCCAGGAUGACUCCUGUCCUCAUUACAGAGUGCUACAGUGGUUAUGGUACUCAAAGUGACCCUAGAUUAACUAUUUUGUCCAUUUUUUUUUUUUAUACUGGUAUGCAAAUAAGACAGUUGUUAUUGUUACUUUGUAAAACUCAGGAGCUGUAAGUAAUAAAGAUGCAUGCACUUUCUUAAUAUAAAUAAUAUUUUCUUUACAUUCAUUAUUUUUCACCCCCUUACACUUAUUCACACUUAAAUGUCUUACAACUUGCAAUUAAAAUGGGUUUAGUAAUGAUUUACAUUUAAAAAAAGGAUUUACAUUCAGUGUUUUUCACAACAGUUUGAAAUGACAGCAAUUAUUAUUAAAGGGACACUGUAGUCACCAAAAAAAACUUAAGCUUAGGGACACUGUUUCCAGACCACUUCAAUGAGCUGAUGUAGUCUGGGUGCCUAUUGUGUCCCUUUAAGGGGUUAAGCCAACCACAAUUCAAAGUAUGCCAAUAUAGGUUGGUCCUACAUAAAUACAGGCCUCCCAACCAUCCCGAUUUUGGCCAAUUUUGGCAGGACAGUUUCCAUUUGCGGGUACUGUCCUUACUUAGUUUCCUGAUGUCCUCAUUAGAUGCACUUGUGCUAUGUUCAGCGUCUGCAGAGUCUGUACUCAGUGGAUUAGCCUGCCUGGUGAUGCCCAGCUGACCUGCCAUAAUUUGGGUGGAACCACCAAUUUCUGGGCAGAGUGAUUGUUCUCUGAACUCUCCUGUUAGCCAAGGGCCAUGGCCAUCACAGCCCAUUAGGCAUUUGCCCAGUUUGCCUGUUGGCCAGUCCGAGCCUGGAUUGAUCCUUGAGGAUGUUAACUAUUAAAAUGUAGCAAGAGUUUUACAUCUGUAGAUCUAAAAAAUAUAUAAAUUCAUCUUCAAAUUGUCAACUUUACGAUAGAUUGUAAUAUGACAUAUUCUAAAAUUAUCGUCUACCGUUUCCAAUUUUGAGAUUUCAAUAAAAAACUAAUUCUUGUGUUUUGCUAAAUGAAAAGUCAAAAGCCAAAUUAAUUGAUUUCUUUAUUACAAAUGGCAAGGCACGGCCUGUGAAGAUCUAGAACGUUUGUAGAAUAGUACACUUGUAUAGCACUAGUUAAGACUAUAAUCAAUAACAAUGUAUCUAUUGAUAAUCUCUAUCAUGUUUCUCUUCACAGGAAAUCUGAUGAUUGUGACUGGUGGAUAUUUUCGAGGAGAUUUUGUAUGGUACAGUAUAGACUGUGUGGUCAUUUAUGAUUCUUCCACAAACUCUUGGGUUGAUGGUCCACCCAUGAAAAUGUCCAGGAAUUGCCAUUGUGCUGUGGGGAUUGGGCACCAACUCUAUGCAAUUGGAGGAAGUACAGAUGAAAGUGUGAUAGCAGAUGUAGAGUGUUUGGACCUGGCAGAUAUGAAAUGGGAGAGCCGUAGCCCUCUCAUUAGACCAGUAGAAAGAGCUGCGGCCACCAGUGCAGGAUCCAAUUUGUAUGUCAUAUGUGGCCGCGAUGAGAAUGGGGAUGUCUACAGCGGAGUACAGAGACUUAACACAGAAACUGACGAGUGGGUUGUGAUCUCUUAUUCUCCGAUGCCCAGGUAUGUGAGUAUACAAGCCAAGAAAAUAUUAUAUUGCUGUGAGCAAAGAGCUUAGUAUUAGAUGUGCAAUCCAUUUUUAUACUUUAGUAUGUGUUCUAGGAGAAACAUAUAGGAUGUCAAUUACUUUAUGUCCAAAUUCUUUGGGGUAGAUGAAUGAAUUGUGUAGCACCAAUAUGAGUGGGCCCAACUCAAAUUAACUUUUUUGUCUCUGUGAAUCUGCAUGUUCAGCAUGUGAAUACCACAGUGGUUGGUCUAAAUGAAUGCAGGGACGUAUGUGUAGGAGGGUUUGUGGGUGAAUGGUAGGGCAUAAGUGUAGGUGGAGUCUGUGUGAGUAAUUGCCAGGGUAUAUGUGUGGCAUUUAUUGGAGUGUAUUAAUUAGUGUCAUAUAUGUGGGACGGAUCAGUAUGCAUCAAUGCAGGAGCAUAUGUGUACUUAGAGUCAGUGUACAAUCCAUUUAGAUUGAGUGGCUAUAUAUGUGAAGGUAUGUGCUUGUACCCCUCACUGCCUGUAUUCCAUAAUCAACUUCUUCCCAUUGCUAGUUUCUCAUUCCCAAACAUAUAUCCAGUAACCCAUUCCCACGCAUAGUAAAUAGUCCAUUCCCUUCACCCACAGCCAAUAGCCAAAUUCUUUCUCAUUGAUUACAAGGUCCAUAGUUAACCCAAAAGACAACUUGGGUAGCCACUUACGAGUUUUGAAGAAUGAAGAAAGCCUAUGGCUCUGCGUUAACUAAACCCUUCUCUAACAAGGCACACAAUCCAUGCACUUACACUCAUCCUCACCAGCUGGUAUUCUGUUCACAGGGCAUUUUCAAAUCUGUGGCAAAAUGUAUUGUAAUCUACCUGAUUCCCCAAAAUGCUUGACACCAUGAUUUGGAAAUCUCCGAGUUAGACUAAUACAACAUAAAAUGUCUCACAUCCCAAGACAAUUAUCUCAGUGGGCUGGGUAUGUAUAUUCGGAUGUCUCUAUAUGUUUAUUAGUGUGAGUGUGCAGAGGAGACUACAGUGUUAGCCCAGUUAUGGGCACUUCAAGUCAUGGAUAUCAAGUCACUGAUAAAGUACUGCAUAAUAUCGGUCACAUUUUCAGCUAAUUAGCACCUUUCUUUUAGGUAUGACUUGUGUGCCACAUUCCUCAAUGGAGUGAUAUAUACCAUUGGCGGCAAGGCUCUUCGGUUUGAUCUUUGCACUGAAGAAUGGACAAUAAUUGACAAGGAAUGCCUCAACCGGAAGUUUUUCAUGGGAUGCGCCUCCGUCAAUGGACAAAUCUACAUCAUGGGGCAAAGGAGGGCAAGUAUAACCCAAGAUAUUCCAAACUUUGUAUUUCUUGAUCCAUACCUGGACAACUGCCAAGUGAAAGAUUCCAAUAUCCCGUGCCCUUUGCCCAUCCGUGGCUGUGUGACUGUUAAAAGCUGUGAUAUUUCGUUUUAAGAAUGCAAAAACCACAUGUUUAUAGACAUCUAUUAACGGAAUUUCAAGGAGUCACUAGUAUAUGUGUUGGAAUUUAUUGAUGUUGUGUAGUAACAAUGGCAGGGAAAACAUAUGGAAUGGACAAGUCCAGUUUUUCGCUAUUUCCAUAUUUUUAGCUUGAUAUUAGUCAGACAUGGUAUACUUACUAUAGACUAAAGUGUGUCUCUUAACCUAAAUUUGAAAAGAGAGGGAAAGUACUCUAAGCAAUAGAGUACGAAUUAAAAUAUGUUAUUAAAUCAAGUUAAAAUUGACUAUGUUUGGUUUUGGUUGGUUUCACGGUGUUAUUGGUUUUCAUAUGAAAUGUAACCUUGUUUAUUUAUAAAGCAGA